AUGCUAGCUCAAAGAUAUAGAUGCAGCGUGGAUGCAGAGCCGCUGCAUCGCUACGAAGCUGGUGGCUACCACCCCCUGGCACUAGGCGAUGUCUUAGAAGGUGGGCGAUACAAAAUUCUCCAUAAGCUAGGCUGGGGUAGUUACUCUACUACAUGGGCUGCAAAAGAUCAGAAAGAUGACCUUUAUGUUGCCCUCAAGGUGACAAUAUCCGAGGCAAAAGAGAGCAGGGAGCUUAAAGUGUUGCAAGCUCUGUCCUCUCAGCCUAACAAUCACCCUGGAUGGCAUUAUGUGAACAAAAUGUUAGAUCACUUUACCAUUCUUGGCCCCAACGGUUCACACGAUUGCUUGGUCCUUGAACUUGUUGGUCCCAACGUUGCAGAUGUCGUUGAAAGACAUCUCAAGGAUUCCAGGCUUCCUUCAAAUGCCGCGAGAUUGUUCUCCAAGCAGAUACUUCAAGGGCUUGAUUUCCUCUCUGCUAGUGACAUUGGCCAUGGCGAUGUCCAUACGAGAAAUCUGGCUUUGACAACACCAGACUUACAUUCACUUAGCGAGAAAGACUUUAUGGCCAAGCUGGGUGAGCCCGACGAAGGGUUGGUUCUGGGACCUGAUGACGCGCCUCUGCCAAAGAGUCUGCCAGCUCGAAUCGUCCGACCUGCAUCCUUUGGACACCGGGAGGUUCAGCGCAUACUCGCUAAGCCAUCGACCAAAAUUAUUGAUUUCGGUGAAGCGUUUCUUAGUGACGAUAUAUCAAGCACGUUAAAUACUCCACUACCAGUGCGCGCUCCAGAAAUUGUUUUCGGAGACAAGCCCGAUCAUCGUAUAUUUGAACUCAUUACUGGCCAGCCACCCUUUGAUGUCAUAAUGUUGACUCCCCCAAUUCUCGUUGAGCAAAUGAUUGAGCUCAUCGAUGAUGAAUUGCCGUCAAGAUGGCAAGCCAAAUGGCAAGCAAUGCAAGGAACGCCAACUCAACCGGAUGAUGAUGGUAUGAAACUUCACAGUUGGUUGGAGGAGGUUUAUUUCGAUUCCAAUAAGAAGCCAGAGUUCACGAAAUACGAUAUCAAGCGAGCGGCAGAGCUGAUUGCUCGUCUAAUGAGAUUCGAGCCAUCGCUACGAGCUACACCAAAUAAGAUUCUUGCUGAAUCUUGGCUUUAA